AUGCCAUUGGGUCCCAACUCGAGGGCCAGCACUCGGCUUAACAUAUCUAACCCGGCUUUUGCCGGUCCGUACACCAGUCUUCUGGAGGUGAGGGACGGCCACAUGUAUGAGCUCUACGACAGCCCUGAGGUGAAGGGAAUUCACCUUCAUAUAACGAGCGAGAUCAUAAAGUACAACAACUAAAAUUGUUAAUAGACUCCAAGAUUACUCGUCUACAAAAUCCCAUAAACUGCAGUUCAGCCAAAAAGUUUGUUUGCAACAUUGACUUAAUGGGAGGGUUUGGCAAUACCUUCCAACACUAUUCCUACUGUUUUGUAGCGGCUUUACGUCUAAAUCGGACUCUUAUUUUUACGCCAAACACCCAAAACUUUCUCACGUUUUACAUCAAAAUAUUUUUCCGACCGUUAAGUCACACGUGUGUGGACUCGGAUGGCGACAACAGCACC